UUUCCUUGAAAAUCAACUACUCAUUUGAAGUAUGUGGGUAGUUUUCAGAGAGUUUCCUCUCUGCAAUAUACAGAGUGCAACGAUAUGAAUGGUUUCAGUUUAUAACACCGAAGCAAGUCAAUGUAAAGUGAAAAAUGCUUCAAAGAACAGUGUGUUUGUUCAUCGUAUGGAGUUGUAUCUACCUGUCUGAUGCACAAGAUAAAUUUUUCUUCAAUGAGACGUCAUUGAUGCAAGUCACUUCAGCAGUGAUCCCAAUUAGCAAAGGAUUUGAUUUUCAAUUCAGGACAUGUCAUGGAGGUGUUCUACUAUACCAAGCAGGGACUGGUAGUGAUUAUAUAUUAAUGCAUGUAAACCCUGGAACAGUAAACUACACYAUUUCCACUAGUCCUCCAYAUUUUGUUGCAAGUCAUUUGAUAUUCAAAUGGAAAGUUGGUGGWCAAGAAGGCUUAGUUCGUGCUGGUAAUGAAUUAGACAAGAGUCAUUGGUACAUAGUAAAGUUUGACCCUGGAAGCUCAAGUAAUAAUGCAACAUUAACGUUGACUGGAACAAAAAAUGAGCAAGUUGUAGUUGAUAAAAACAUUUUAAACUUUCAACACAGUGGACCUUUGUAUGCUGGUGGGAUUUUUAGUAGCAAUGGAAGCUCUGUCAAGGGUUUUGUKGGAUGCAUAGAAAGUGGCAACAAUAUCAAGUUAGCAGAUGGAUUAAGCAAAAUAAAUGUACAAGCUGGUUGUCCACUGGACUCACAGCAGUGCCCUAAAAAAGUAUGUCAACCAGGUUUUACUGGAUAUUACUGUGAAACAAACAUCAAUGAGUGUGGCCAAGGAUCUUGCUAUUCAUACAGUACUUGUGUUGAUGGUGUUAAUAAUUUUACCUGUGUAUGUGGGCCWCGAUACACUGGACGUUUGUGCAAGACCUUCCUUGGUUCUUAUUGCAAUGAUAAACCAUGUCAAAACAGUGGAGUUUGUAAAGAUACUGAUGAAAGUAAGAACAACUAUACUUGUACGUGYCCAGAUCCUUGGACUGGACGAAAUUGCACUGAUGUCAUCAAUCCCUGUAACCCAUCGCCUUGUCUCAAUGGUGCAACGUGCUACAGGAAAGGUCAGCAGAGUGCAGAGUACAACUGCUCAUGCCCUCCAGGUUUUACUGGUAUGAAAUGUGAAAACAACAUUGAUGACUGUAGAACAAUACCAUGUGUCAAUGGCAGAUGUAUCGAUGGUAUAAAUAACUACACAUGUAAUUGUACUGGAUCUGGUUACAAAGGACCAAAAUGUUCUGAAGAUAUCAAUGAAUGUAAUUUAACAUCACCUUGUCUUAAUGGAGGGACGUGUUAUAAUUAUCCUGGUACAUACAGCUGUAAGUGUGCUCCAGGCUACAGUGGUGUCCGUGAUUGUGCUGUCAAUAUUGAUGACUGUCAAUCAAAGCCCUGUCAAAAUGGAGGAACAUGUCGUGAUCUGGUGAAUGAUUUCAACUGUACUUGUGUUGUUGGGUUUACUGGUAAACAAUGUAAGACCAACAUCAAUGACUGUGUCAGCCAUAACUGCACACAAAACCAGGACUGURUUGAUGGAAUCAACAGUUUUACAUGUCAAUGUAAAGCAGGAUAUACUGGUGUGAACUGUAUGACAGACAUCAAAGAAUGCCUCAGUAACCCAUGUCAGAACAACGGCACAUGUCAUGAGGGAAUUAACGGCUAUAACUGUUCAUGUCCAUCAAGGUUUAAUGGCUCACAUUGUGAGUUUGACACAGUUAAUGACUGUUUAUCCAACCCUUGUGUGAACAAUGGGACGUGUAUGGAUGGUGUGGCUGACUUUAACUGCUCUUGUCCUCAAGGAUUUGCAGGAAAACGGUGUGAGCUGGACAUAUGUGACCCUAACCCAUGUGCAAAUGGCGGCAACUGCACUAAAAUAAGCCAGUUUGACUUCAACUGCACAUGUGCAACAGGCUUUACAGGACACAAUUGUUCCAAAAAUAUCGAUGACUGCAUCAAUAACACGUGCAUUAAGAAUGCUACAUGCAUAGACGGUAUUAAUAAUUAUACCUGUCGAUGCCCUGAUGGUUAUACUGGAGAAUUCUGUCAUAUUGAUAUCAAUGAAUGUGCUUCCAAUCCAUGCAAGAACAAUGGCACGUGUGUUCAUGGGAUUGGCCAAUACAACUGUAGAUGUUUAAGUGGUUUUAACGGUACCCAGUGUGAGAAUAACAUCAAUGACUGUCCAUCCCAUGGCUGCUAUAAUGGUACUUGUAUUGAUGGUAUUAACGAUUACAAGUGUCAGUGCUACAGUGGUUUUAACGGGACACAUUGUGAAAACGAGAUCAACGAGUGUCUUUAUAGUUCAACGUGUUUAAACGGAGCAACGUGUAUCAAUACUGUUGGUUCUUACAAAUGUCUGUGUAAUCAGUAUACUAACGGGACACGAUGCGAACAUGACAUCGAUGAAUGUAAACUAAAUGCCAGUCUAUGUCAGAAUGAUGGGCAUUGCCGAAACUAUGUAUACCCACACAAACAYACGACUGGGGAAAUCAUUGGAUUUCUGUGCUUGUGUGUUCCUGGAUUUCUAGGGAAAUAUUGUGAAGACAAUAUCGACGACUGUGUACUUAAUAGCCAGCCCUGUAAGAACGGCGCACAGUGUGUCGACCAGAUUAAUGACUAUUCCUGUAAAUGUACCACGGGAUGGCAGGCAAAGAACUGUGAUCAAGACAUCAACGAGUGUUCGUUAGGUUACUGUAAGAACAAUGCUACGUGUAAUAACAGUCAAGGCUACUAUAACUGUACAUGUGUACCGGGCUACACUGAUCACAACUGCUCUACUGAUAUUGACGAAUGUGCUGACCAACCCUGCAAGAAUGGAGCGACAUGUAAUGACUUUGUGAAUUUCUACAACUGUUCCUGUGUGCCAGGAUAUACUGGUAAAAACUGUUCAAUUGAUAUCGAUGAAUGUGCUUCCAACCCUUGUCAGAACAAUGCUACAUGUUCCGAUGGCAUCAAUGAGUUCAACUGUUCGUGUAGCAGUAACUAUACUGGUAAUYUAUGCCAGUACCCRGUCUCUCGCUGUCGACCAGAUAAYCCAUGUCUGAAUAACGGGACGUGUAUUGACCAAGGGUUGCAUAACUAUACGUGUAAUUGCUUGCCUGGCUAUGGAGGAGAAAACUGUCAGAAUAUSACAACAAUAAGCUUGAAYGGUUCAUCGUUCAUGUCGUUUGAUGUCGGUAAGAGUUUGUUUAGCCUKUCACUGCAGUUCAGGACAACUUUAAAGUACGGUGUACUAGCRGCCAAUGGRGAUAACAGCAUGUUACUGCAGRUGAAAGGAGAUGARUUAGAACUCAYGUACAACAAUGCGAGMCAYACCCUUGGUCAAGAUGCUAAUCUACGUAAUGCACAAUGGCAYCAUGUARYYAUUAACRUGACAACCAGCGCUAUUUACGUCACCAUUGACAACGAUUCAUGUGUCAACUGUAUGUUAACUGUUCAGCGGUCAUCACAACCCAAGAUAACCAAGCUGUAUAUGGGCGGGAAAGACAGUUGAACAAAGCGAACAAACGGCGACGAAGAUCUGUGGGUAGUGGUAGUUAUGCACAGUUUUCUACCGUAACAACGUUUACCAAAGACAGCGAGUUCUCUUUUUUUGUGAGAACAAGACAAAGUGAAGGACUGCUUGCUUUCUUGACAUCAGGGAGUACUGAUCAUAUCACUGUGGUAUUAUCUAGUGGAUCGAUUACUGUGCAGAUAACCAAAGGUAGCACAAAGAGCAAUCGGACGUUUGGUGCCAACAUCAAUGACGGGAAAAACCACUUCAUACUGGUCAGCGUUAACAAAACCCAAGUUGACAAUAAAUCUCACCCUGGCAUUGAUCUCUCUUCCUCGAUAUCUCUAAACACAACCUACCUUGGAGGUCUGAAGCAGUGGUCAAUAGCUAGUGCAGACGUCGUCAUAGCAACUGAAGGAUUACGUGGAUGUCUUCAAGAUACCAGGCUUAACAAGAAGUUGUUCGAGUUUUCUAAAACCCCGACAUCUCAAGGAAGCUAUACGUUGGUUGACAGCUUGCUAUCAGGYCAAGGGUGCCCCGGGGAAAAUGUCUGCAGUCAAAACCCUUGUAGUAAUGGAGGAACAUGCAAGGAUACUUGGAAUGACUUCAGCUGCGCCUGUAAACGUCUGUACGGUGGGAAGAACUGCUCUCUUUAUGGCUGUGCACUGGCUAAGCCUUGUGGGUCUGGUGGUCAGUGUCUCGAUGUGGAGAAUGGGAAAUACGAAUGUAUCUAUCCAGCAACAUUCAAUGCCAGCCUGAGUGAAGCACAGUUCAACUACACUCCAAACAAUAAUUAUUCCCUGAAGCAAGAAUUGUCGUUUAAAAUCAGGACCCGUCAAUCAAGUACAGUUGUGUUAUCUAUCGGUGGUGGCUUAGUGGUYCGUAUAGAUAACAUGAYGUUGAAUAUCACUUGUACGAUAUGUCAGGCUCCAGGGACAUACUUAUCAGGAAAAGUAAUUAGCAAUGGUGACUGGCACAGUGUUCAUUUGAAUUCUUCCGAUAAAAUCUACCUCACAAUUGAUGGGAAAACUGAGUUUUUUACUGGAAACUUGACAUCAAAAUCGCUACAAGAUUUACUUCUGAUACGACCAGUUACAAUUGGAAAAAGCACGUCCAUUGCGUUUAAAGGUUGUCUUGACAACCUUAGAGUUGGUAGGGCCUUGUUGCCAUUCAAAACAUACUACAACUCUAGCUUCAAUGUUAAUGGUGUAACACCUCUCAAGCCUCACUUUGAUGCCACCCUGCGCGAUGUAAAUGAUGGUUGCCAUAGUGACGAUGUAUGUAACCCACAGCCGUGUCUGCGUGGUAAUUGUUCAGACAUUUGGAAUGCAUUUAAGUGCGYAUGUCCUAWGGGAUAUGCMGGUYCYRUAUGUAACAACACAGCGAACAUGACAUGYGCACACCGGCCAUGUUUUAACAAUGCAACGUGCUCUAAUAACGCCACGGCACACGUAACUAGUAGCAACCAAGUGAGUGACUAUGGAAAGGACAGGUUUGUGUGCCAUUGUCUUCCUGGAUUCCAAGGUCGGCAAUGUAAAGAGGUAACUGAUGAGUGCACCCCGUCGCCUUGUAAAAAUGGCGGCAAUUGUACAGAUCUCCACUUGAACUACACAUGCUCWUGUCYGAAAGGAUUCACAGGUCGACAAUGCGAAAUAAACAUCGAUGACUGUGUAAAUCAUAAUUGUACWAAUAACGCCASGUGUGUGGAUGGUGUAGAUAAGUACUCYUGUWACUGCASUCAAGGAUUUAACGGUACAUACUGYGAGAAAGAYAUCAAUGAAUGUGCAGCUGGCGCUUGUUUKCCWUAUGGUAAUUGUACAAAYACUARAGGCUCCUACAACUGUAGUUGUAAAACGGGAUAYUAUGGAAGAAAUUGUCAAUACAACGCUACACAGUGGUGCUCAGUAGGAAAUCCAUGUGGUAGUCAUGGUAACUGUAGCGGAAACACUACAGGGUUCUACUGUGCUUGYCACCCRGGAUGGGARGGRCMGACAUGUGCUGAGGACAUCCAGGAAUGCAAAAGCAAUCCGUGCAAAAACAAUGGUACAUGUCAAGAUAGUCAGCCAGGGGGAAGGUUCUUCCCGGGUUAUAACUGCUCCUGUACAGUGGAUUAUGAAGGCAUAAACUGUCACAUCUACGUGAAUCCAUGUARCGAUACACCUUGUGAAAAUAACGCAACGUGCUCUAGAGUCACUUACAAUAAGUAUAAGUGCAAUUGUACAGAAGGGUUUGGAAAUAUGAAUUGCAGUGGAUUGACCAAGUUUUGUGCUCCAAAGCCAUGUGAAAAUGGCGGUACUUGCGUUCCUUUGAAAGACGACUUUAAGUGUGUCUGUGAGGCUGGUUACAAAGGCAAAACAUGUGCCGAACUGAAGAACAAAUGCGACUCGAAUCCAUGCCAGCACAGUGGAACAUGCACUGUAACACCAUCGGGCUAUCAGUGUUCGUGUACUAAAGCAUUCAAUGGUACCAACUGUCAAAAUGCUAUUGACUUCUGCAAGAAUAAUAAGGAAUGUCUUCACGGUAGUGUUUGUGUUUCAAGUUCUGAAAAUGCUAACUAUACCUGUAACUGUACUGAUAACUACUUCGGCAAACACUGUGAGAAAGCAAGAGUCGUCCAGCCACCGGGAAAACGAGAAGCAUCAGAACCAGUCUCACUUAUUAUAGGAGUCGUCGCGGCUUGCAUACUGUUCAUACUUCUAGUGAUACUAAUCAUAUACCUUUUCAAGAGAAGAUCUGCUGAAGGCACGUACAGCCCAAGCAAGCAGGAAAUGGAUGGCGGUAGAGUGGAGUUGAACUCUGUUCUCAAGCCACCAAACCAGGAACGUCUUAUUUAGAUUAGAAUAAUAGUUAGAUAUUUUUAAUUGAAAUCCCCUUUCCUCGUAUCUUAAAGUUUUAAGGUAAACCACGUGACAUCAUAUCAUUUAUGCAGAUCAUUUUCAAGUGAUAAUUAUUACAUAAUCCAAAUCAUUGUCACGUGAAUUGUGGCAAUGCUCGAUCACGUGACAACCCAUGCAUUUUGAUAUAUUAUGCCAUGUGGUUCAAGACAAUCAAUGAGUAAAACUCAUUGCUAAUGAAGAGUUCGAAGUGUCAAUAAUUGUACAUGUCGUAAGUCAAAGCGUCCCAGAGUCAUCUUUUUUCCUCGCUGCUUUAACCUGUGACAUUAUAAACUGAAUUCAUUAGAGUGUAGGCGGUUAAGUCCGAAAAUACGAUCAUAUUGAGGCAACUUGACUUAAGCAGUGUGCAAAUUCAGCGGACAUCAAAUUUCAGAAAUUACAAAGAUUCCAUUCCUAUUUUUUCAAAGGAACUUUGCUUACAAUAAUUUGAGUUUAACAGUAAGUUUAUCGGAAACCGUGACGAAAGAUCGUAAAGGACACCGGUGUUUUGAGGUAUUUAACAAUUGGGGAUAUUUAAACCGUAAGCUAAGGACAAUUUUUUAAUUAAUAGAAGUUUUGUUUGGCAUUUGAUCUUCAUUUUUGAUAAGUUUUCUUUAGACCCCUAUGAUGGACAAUCCAUUUAUAACGAUCUACAGUGGUGCCCUGCCGUACAACCAUCCACUUAGUACGGUCACCGGGUGAAUUAAACCCGUGUACAUUUUCCAGCUAAUACGGCUACUUUUCGAUGUCCUUUCGGUGGCCGAUUUAACGAGGUUUCACUGUAUUCUGACGUAACUGAUUGUUGGUCAAAGGACGKACUUUAUCAUUGAUGUAUUAUAAUUCCAUGCAAAAGUGUGAAAAUUUAUUUUAUAAGGAGUAUACAAUAUAUGCUGUACAUAUUCAUUAAUUUUUAAAAUGAGAUAGUGGAAUAAAUGCAAAUAAUCGUACCAACU